AUGAAGCCUGGCGUUAUCAUUCCGUUCGUUCUACUAUUUAUCGUUGUGGUACAUGGACAAUGGCCUUAUAAUCCUUAUAAAAGGACAUAUGGCGCUAUUUGGCCGUUGCCUCAAGAGAUCCAGACUUCUUCAAAAGUCUGGUCGAUAAAUCCUGAAAGUUUCAAGAUAGUAUCUGAUUAUCAGUGCGAUAUUACCACUGAUGCUAUCAAUCGGUAUAUAAAAAGACUUUUUCCUAUAGCACAUGAAAGACUUUCACAUCCCACAGAGAACGUGCUCGAGGCUUUAUACAUCAUUGUCCAAAUUAUAUGUCCCAUUGAUUUUCCAUCAUUGAAAAUGGACGAAAGCUACAAGCUUGAUGUAACUCGAAAAACAGCAGUACUAAAAGCCAACGAAGUUUGGGGAGCUCUUCGAGGAUUGGAAUCAUUCUCGCAUAUGGUAUACUAUAAUAAAACGAGUGGCUAUCAAAUUCGGGCGGAGAUCGUCAAAGAUUUUCCACGAUUUCCGCAUCGCGGUGUUUUAUUGGACACAGCUAGACACUUUCUGUCCGUAAAUGCCCUGAAGGGGAAUAUCGAUUUAAUGGCACAAAAUAAAUUUAAUGUAUUUCACUGGCACAUGACCGACACUGAAUCUUGCCCAUAUUCCUCGAGAGUUCUGCCCAAAUUGGAUCACGGAGCAUAUGACGAUAAACAUAAAUAUACAAUCGAGGAAAUUACGGAUGUUAUAGCAUAUGCUCGUUUACGAGGUGUAAGAGUUAUUCCGGAGUUCGAUUCACCAGCUCAUGCUGGAUCGUGGGGCAAAGGUUACCCGAAUGUCUUGGCAAAAUGCUUUGCAGAAGGAUCUGCUGAUUCAUACGAAGGUGGUAUUGUCGAUCCAACUAACAAUGAGACUUGGGAUUUUCUCGAAACACUUUUCCAGGAAGUUUACAAAGUUUUCCCCGACCAAUUUAUACACAUUGGUGGCGAUGAAGCUAAUUAUUGGUUUGAACCAUGUUGGGAGAACAACAAAAACAUUAGUGAUUUCAUGAAAGUGAGCCAUAUUUGCAUGCCAUAUUUUGUCCAACAAAUAGUAAAGAAUGAGACUGAUUUAAGGUUUAAUCAAACCGAUUCAAAAAAAGAAAUAUCUUUGAGUUGUUCACUUUGUGAUUCAAUUGUUCAUGUUUGGCAAGGAAAUUCCUAUUACGAAAUGAUGGAAUAUAUGUAUCGUGUUACAGCUGCAGGAAAGUUUGCCAUCCUAUCAUCUUGUUGGUACAUGGAUUACUCAUAUGGUCUUAACGAUUGGGUUUUGUUCUAUCAAUGUGAUCCACAAGGAUUUGCUGGUAGCGAAACGCAAAAAGCAUUGGUCUUGGGUGGUGCAGCAAUUUUGUGGGGUGAAUGGGUCGAUGAAACAAAUAUGUUUCCACGUUUAUGGCCGCGAACUUCGGCUGUAGCAGAGCGCUUGUGGAGCUCACCAAACUUGACUAAGUUUCCCAAUGACGCAUGGCCAAGGAUGGUAUCACGCGGUUAUCCUGUGCAGCCUAGUUAUGGACCAGGGUUUUGUGAUUUGGAGUACCGUGCUAAAUUACCAAUAUGA